GGAAGGAGGUAGCCGCGGUCCCUCUCACAACAACACCUGACUUCUGCGCGUCGUAUUGAAACGUGCGGGUUUGAACUCCAGAAACGACCCGCUCGAAGCUACCUGCAUUUUGAGUUUCUCACUCAAUAACGAUGGAAGACCGUGUUGUGCCGUGGACCCGCUGAAUUCUGUUUUGUUGAGGGUGAUAACUUUAAAUCUCAAGUCUCGUGAAGGAAUUCACUGCAAAAGAAGGGAAGAAGAAUCUCAAAUCCGUUCUCUGACCUUCUGGAGGAAUCAUUAGGAGCAGUGUAGUGAGAGAUCUCCAACUUGUCAUCACCUCUCCCAGCAAGAGUGUGUGUGUGUGUGUCUAGGCACAGCAACACUUCUGUCACUUUGUGCUUCCAGAGUUGUUUCAGCAUCCACAAAGAAACCCUCAGGGACCACAGGCCGUACGAUUAGAUGAACUGCUACUUAGAAGAAGCGGAGGUCUGAUUGAUUUUCUUUCACAUUUUGAAGAAUGGGGUCAUCUGUUGCCCUGCAGACCCUGGUGCUUGUUCUGGCUUUGAGCACAAGUGUAUGGAGUCUGAACCCAGAUGACCCGAAUGUCUGCAGCCACUGGGAGAGCUACGCCGUGACUGUCCAGGAAUCCUACGCUCACCCAUUUGACCAGAUCUACUACACCAGAUGCACAGACAUCCUCAACUGGUUUAAAUGCACAAGGCACAGGAUCAGCUAUAAGACGGCUUACCGGCGGGGAGUGAGGACCAUGUAUAGGCGCCGCUCACAGUGUUGCCCUGGUUACUUUGAGAGCGGAGACUUGUGUGUUCCUCUGUGUACAGAGGAGUGUGUCCAUGGUCGCUGUGUGUCUCCUGAUACAUGCCAGUGUGAGCCUGGAUGGGGCGGACUGGACUGCUCUAGUGGCUGUGAGAGUGACUACUGGGGACCUCACUGCAGUAAUCGGUGCCAGUGCCAGAAUGGGGCUAAGUGUAACCCCAUCACAGGUGCCUGUGUCUGCACUGAUGGCUACCAGGGAUGGCGGUGUGAGGAGCCCUGUGAGCACGGUUACUUUGGCAAGGCAUGCCAACUACCCUGCCAGUGUCUCAAUGGUGCCACCUGCAACCACGAGACAGGAGAGUGCAUCUGUGCACCGGGGUACUCAGGGGCUUUCUGUGGAGAACGCUGCCCCUCCGGUAGUCAUGGGCCUCAUUGUGAGCAGCGCUGCCCCUGUCAGAAUGGAGGAACAUGCCACCAUAUCACUGGAGAUUGUUCCUGCCCUGCCGGGUGGACGGGUUCAGUUUGUGCCCAGCCAUGCCCUCUUGGCAAGUAUGGCAUCAACUGCAGCAAGGACUGUUCCUGUCGUAAUGGCGGACUGUGCGACCACAUCACGGGGCAGUGCCAGUGCGCAGCUGGCUUCAGUGGACGCAGGUGUCAGGAUGACUGUCCUGUGGGCACCUUUGGUCAGCUGUGUAACCAGAGGUGUGAGUGUCAGAAUGGAGCCAAGUGUCACCAUAUCAAUGGAGCCUGUCUGUGUGAAACAGGUUUUAAAGGCCCUAAUUGCCAAGAGAGAUUCUGUCCCCUAGGUCUCUACGGCCUCAUUUGUGACAAGUACUGCCCCUGUAAUACCACCAACACGUUGAGCUGCCAUCCACUUUCUGGUGAAUGCACCUGCUCUGCGGGAUGGACAGGGCUUUACUGUAAUGAGACCUGCCCUCCUGGAUUCUAUGGAGAGGGAUGCAUGCUGUCAUGCAGCUGCACCAACGGAGCUGACUGCCAUCCUGUCACAGGUGCUUGUAUAUGUGCCCCUGGGUUCAUGGGUGAGGACUGUGCUACAGUGUGUCCUCCUGGUCUAUAUGGACCAAGCUGCAUGUCCACCUGCUCCUGCCAUAAUCACGCAUCCUGCUCUCCAGUCGACGGCUCCUGCAUCUGCAGGGAAGGCUGGCAGGGUGUGGACUGCUCCAUCCUCUGUUCCAGUGGUACGUGGGGACUGAACUGUAACCAGACAUGCUUUUGUGCCAAUGGUGCUGCAUGUGACCCUGUAGAUGGCAUCUGUACAUGUUCUCCGGGUUGGAGGGCAGAGCUCUGCGAUGAGUCCUGCCCUGAUGGCACCUAUGGGUUGGAGUGUCGUGAGCGCUGCGACUGUAGCCACGCUGAUGGCUGUGAUCCAGUGAGUGGCUACUGCCGCUGCUACCCCGGCUGGACAGGAAUCCACUGUGAUAAUGUGUGCCCACAAGGCUUCUGGGGACCCAACUGUUCAGUCAGCUGCUCCUGUCAGAACGGAGGAUCCUGCUCCCCAGAGGAUGGCACAUGUGUGUGUGCACCUGGAUACAGAGGGACCUCCUGCAAAAGAAUCUGCUCUCCAGGGUUCUACGGGCACCGUUGCAGCCAGUUGUGUCCGCAGUGUGUGCACAGCACUGGGCCGUGCCAUCAUGUCACGGGCCACUGUGAGUGCCUGUCUGGCUUCUCUGGCUCUCUCUGCAACCAAGUCUGUCCGAGUGGCAGGUAUGGGAGGGUCUGCGCUGAGAUCUGUCUCUGUACCAACAACGGCACCUGCAACCCCAUUGAUGGCUCCUGCCAGUGCUUCCCGGGUUGGAUAGGAGACGACUGCUCUCAGGCCUGUCCCUCUGGGCACUGGGGCCCUGAUUGUCUCAACUCGUGUAACUGUCACAAUGGAGCCCAGUGCAGUGCCUACGAUGGGGAGUGCAGGUGCAGCCCCGGCUGGACUGGACUCUACUGCACACAGCGCUGUCCUUCAGGGUUCUACGGCAAGGACUGCUCUGAAGUCUGUCGCUGCCAAAAUGGUGCAGACUGUGACCACAUCACUGGCCAGUGUGCUUGCCGAACCGGCUUCAUUGGGACGAGCUGUGAGCAGAAGUGUCUUGCUGGUACAUUUGGAUAUGGUUGCCAGCAGCUGUGUGAGUGCCUGAACAAUGCUACAUGUGACUAUGUGACUGGAACAUGCUACUGCAGCCCUGGAUAUAAAGGCAUCCGCUGUGAUCAAGCAGCUCUGAUGAUGGAGGAGCUAAACCCGUACACCAAGAUUAGCCCAGCACGAGGCUCGGAGCGCCAGUCUGCAGGGGCUGUCAUGGGCGUCAUCUUUCUCCUCCUCAUCAUCAUGGCCAUGCUCAGUCUUUUUGUGUGGUACAGACAGAGGCAGAGGGACAAAGGCCAUGAGAUCCAGCCGAGUGUGUCGUACACACAGGCAAUGCACAUCACCAACACUGACUAUUCUCUGUCUGAGUGUGGAAGUACUGUGGCGAUGAGAACCAGCGCGGCUGAAGUCAAUCAAAACCAGAGCAGCAGUGGCCAGUGUAUAUCCAACCCCAGUUACCACACUGUGGCCCAGUGUAAUGUUGUCUCAACCAUCUCCAGCAAUUUAGAUGGCACUCUGACCCUCAAGUCCAGCACCCUGAAAAGCAGGAAUGGCUCAGAAUGGAGAGCCUACUGCAAUCUUAAUGAUCUAGAUGUUCAACAGGGGGAGACACAGACACAGAGAGGCUCCAGAAAAGAUUACAUCAAGGGCUCCAUGUGCAGCAACAGCUCCUGCUCUCUGAAUAGUGAGAAUCCAUACGCCACCAUUAGAGACCCACCAGGGCUGGCUUGCAAGCACACAGAGAGCAGCUAUGUGGAGAUGAAGUCCCCCUCCCACCGUGAAGUGCCCUUUGGAGGCACUGCCACCCUCCUGGGCAGUGCGAGCAGGAAUGUCUAUGAUGUUGAGCCAACGGUGAGUGUCCUGCAGGGGCCCAAUGGAAUGGCCACCGGCUUCUCCCAGAGUCCCUAUGAUCUUCCCCGUAGUAGCCACAUCCCCAGCCACUACGACAUACUGCCCAUGCGUCAUAGCCCCACGCACACAACCCCGCCACCUCCAGAAAGCCCAAGCUCCUUGCUCUAGAGGGCACACCCUUCGCCCGGCUCUGAGAGCGUGCCGGCAUCCAGGCAAUGUUCAGCCAACGUUCAGCCAACUUUAAACCAACGGCCUUCCCGCUCUAUAUGUGUGUGUGUGUGUGUGUGUGUGUUCAAUUAGAUACUGAGAUGUUGAGAUGGAAGGACAGCCACAGCUCCUCUGGACCCUGUCCUCUUUGGCUCCUUCAUUCACACUCUUUCUGUUCCUGAAGGAGGGAGGGGUGAAAAAGAGUGUCCCACACACCAGCGACCAUUCACCCGUUUAUUUUCUUAUAGGACUGAUCACUCAAAUUGCUGCCCCGCCUCUUUAUGGACCUCCUGAAGUGGAACAUAAUGGUUCCAAACGGCGCUAAGGGCAGCAUACAUGGAUUGUGCGGACAGAUUAUUUACAGGGAGAGAGUUAUCCUCAUUUGUAGUCCAUGAUAUAGGUUUACUACUUAAGGGCAGCCAUGUGUUUAUAAUGUCCACUAAACAGAAGUGAUUUCCUCCACAAGAAGGAACUUAUAGCAACUUUGACCAUUUCAAAGCAGGCAAAGAUUUACUACAUACAGACAUCAGUUUAUGUCUUGUCACUGUGUGCAGCAUCUGCAGAUUAUAGGAAGUCUGACAUGAAGUGAUAAUGAGCAUCUACUCUGAAGUGAAGAAAAGUUCAGCAAACUGUAGUGAAUUCUAUGUUCUAAAUGUUAAACAUGGAAACGCGCCUGAGGGUGAAUCAAGUCUGAAAAAGCAUGGAAAAAUAGUAAAAUUGUAAAAAAAAAAAAAAUUGUAAUGGUCCUUAAUUCACUGUUUUCCGGUAAUGAUCACACAUCAUUUAAUACAAAGAUGAUCACUGUAUUUGACUCAAGAGCUUUUUUUUUUAAGUUGCAGUGUAAAUGAGGCCCGGUUCCUGGAGAUGCAUUCAGGUCACCAGUGUUCAGGCAUUAUUUCAUUACAAAGAGAUACACACAUACAGUAGGUCUCCAGUUUGGAUUUUCCCCAAACUGAUGAAGUGCAGAUAUUGUGGUGUUUUCUAUGUGAAAGCAUUUUUCUUGCAAAUGUCUUAGUUUACAUUUUUUAAAUAUCAGGUGUUUAGAAGGGAUUGCUUUGACCUUUUAUGUUUUGUAUUUAUAAAGCUAAUUACUUUAUUUAUUCAUUUAUAUUAGUGAUGGUGAAUUUUUAUCAAUGUGCCACUAGAAUAAAAAAAAAGAUAAGCAUGAUCAGAUAAUGGAUAGCCACUGAUGUAGAUAACACACAAUUUAUCUUCUUGUGAGAUGAUCAGUGUCAUUUUGUGAAACGUUUUUGAAGUUGCUUAAAAUAUUCUUUAUCUCUCUGUGUCAGAUUGUAAAUUGAAAAUGAGGUUUUAUCUGACCAACUCAAGACCCACAAAUACCAUGGGCAGUCACAAAGGGAAUCAUAUGUACAAAGUCCAAUUUGAAAAUAUUUUUAUGUUUUUAUCAGGCUAAUUAACUUAUUUAUUAAUUGAGCUGAAUUUAUUCAUUCACUAUGUGAAUUCCAUUUCACCCUCUGUAGAAGCAAUAACAUGUUGACAAUCGAUGCCCAGACAACGUCUCAUUAGUGCUGGACAUUAUGCCAUCUUUGACCAGUGUGGUGACAGUGGAUUUUAGUGACUGUUUUUCCUGUGAGGAAGGUUUUUCCAAUUGUCAUAUCAACGCUGCUUGUUGUUUUGGUACAUGCGUUUCAAAUUAAAAGUCUACUCUGCCAUCA